AUGGCAGCCCCCUCCUCCAACCCUCCCAAGAGCCGCGGCUCCUCGGACGACUUCAGCGUCUUCGACGAUGCCCGAACCUACUACACUUCCGAGGAGCGCCACGCGAACCCACGCGCUGGUGCCCGUACACGCACAUACUCCCAGAACAGCUUGCAGAAGCAGUUUGCCCGUCUCGGCGUCAAGGAGCCGUUCCGGCGCGGCAGCCACGACGAGGCGGCACCCGCACGGCGAUUCCUGAUUGACGUUGACAGCACGCUCGAGAACCUACGGAACCAGGAGGAUACGGAUGGCAACUUCCAGAUCACCAUUGAGGACAACGGGCCCAAAGUCUUUACGCUGCGCACAGCCGCGUCUAACGGCUACAAUCGCUUCGACAUCCGCGGCACCUACAUGCUGUCCAAUCUCAUGCAGGAGCUGACUCUCGCCAAGGAGUACGGCCGCCGCCAGAUUGUGCUGGAUGAGGCUCGCCUCAACGAGAACCCGGUGAACCGUCUCUCUCGCAUGAUUCGUGACCAGUUCUGGGACAGCCUGACUCGCCGCAUCGACGCCUCCAGCAUUGAGAUUGCCGCGCGCGAUCCCAAGGACUGGACCGAUGACCCGCGGCCACGCAUUUACAUCCCGCCCGGUGCUCCUGAGCAGUUCGAGUACUACACAAAGCUCGCCAAAGAGCGCCCCGAAAUUCGUCUCGACGUGCAGCUGCUGCCCGAGAAAGUCACACCCGAGAUCAUGCGCGACCUCAACGACAAGCCCGGACUGCUGGCCGUGGACAUGGAGGAGGUUGUAGACCCCACAACCGGUGAGAAGACACUACGUGGCCGACCCUUUGUGGUUCCCGGUGGUCGCUUCAACGAGCUGUACGGUUGGGACAGCUACAUGGAGUCGCUUGGUCUCCUGAUCAACAACAAGGUGCACCUGGCGAAGAGCAUGGUGCAGAACUUCUGCUUCUGUAUCCGCCACUACGGCAAGAUUCUGAACGCCACACGUUCGUACUACCUCUGCCGUUCCCAGCCCCCCUUCCUAACCGAUAUGGCGCUGCGCGUGUAUGACCGCAUACGCGACGAGCCCGACGCCCUCGACUUCCUCCGAACCGCCAUCCUGGCGGCUAUCAAGGAGUACCACAGCGUCUGGGUGGCCGAUCCGCGCUUGGACCCUGUGACGGGCCUGUCGCGAUAUCGCCCAGAGGGCCUGGGCGUGCCGCCCGAAACCGAGGCCACCCAUUUUGUGCACGUCCUGGAGCCGUACGCGAAGAAGUACGGCAUGACCUUUGAGGAGUUUGUACGUGCGUACAACUUUGGAGAGGUCAAGGAGCCAGAGCUCGACGAAUAUUUCCUGCACGACCGCGCGGUGCGCGAGUCGGGCCACGAUACGUCCUACCGACUGGAGCGUGUAUGCGCGAACAUAGCGACGAUCGACCUCAACUCGCUGCUGUUCAAGUACGAGCUAGACAUUGCCCGGACGAUUCGCACCGUCUUCAACGACAAGCUCGUGGUGCCGGCCGAAUACUGCGUGGGCACGAUGCAGCCCGGCCAGGUCGAGACGUCGGCGCUGUGGGACCGGCGGUCGAAGCGCCGUAAGUUGGCGAUUGACAAGUACCUGUGGAAUGAGAAGGAAGGCAUGUACUUUGACUACGACACGGUCAAGAAGGAGCAGUGCACGUACGAGAGCUGCACGACGUUCUGGGCCUUGUGGGCAGGCGUGGCCAGCCCCAAGCAGGCGGCGGCGAUGGUGUCCAAGGCUCUGCCCAAGUUUGAGGCGCUUGGUGGUCUGCUGUCCGGCACAGAGGAAUCCCGCGGCAAGAUCUCGCUGGAGCGUCCCAACCGGCAGUGGGACUAUCCGUACGGCUGGGCGCCGCAGCAGAUGCUGGCGUGGACGGGAUUGUACCGCUACAGCUACGUGGAGGAAGCCGAGCGGCUGGCGUACAAGUGGCUGUUUAUGAUCACCAAGGCAUACUACGACUUCAACGGCGUGGUGGUCGAAAAGUACAAUGUGACGCAGCGCGUCGACCCGCACCGUGUCGACGCCGAGUACGGCAACCAAGGCAUGGACUUUAAGGGUGUUGCCAAGGAGGGAUUCGGUUGGGUGAAUGCCAGCUACGUCUACGGCCUCCAGAUCAUUCGGUCGCAUGCACGCAAUGCACUAGGUACCAUGACGCCGUGGGAGGCGUUUACGGCGGCCAUUGAGCACGAGCGCGAGAAGGAGCUUGCCUCGAUGGAGUAG